AUGGGUCUCUUGACAACUGGUGGCAUCCCGAUGCGGUGGGGCACAGAUGCAAACAACAAGGCUAUUCCGCACGUAAGUGCCCACGGCAUUCAGCAGUUCCUCAACCUCUUCCACAGCAAAAAGGAGCUGCGUGGCAUGCCAUUUUUGUGGGGUGAGGAGCUGGAGCAUCAGCUGAUCCAUAUCCAAGACAACACAAUCACCCUUAGCGUUGAGGGUGCGCCGGUGAUGGAGCGGUUGAAGGCACGCUCUGACAACUGCGCCAUAUGGAACCCCGAGUAUGGCAGCUUCAUGGUCGAGAGCACACCAAAUCAGCCAUACAAUCUGUCGGUGGAGAGCCUCAACUCCGUGAAGGAUAGCAUUACGUGGCGGUACAACAUGCUCAACAAGGAGGCGCCUCCCGGGGUGGUCGGCACCACCUUUGUGACAUUUCCACUGAUGGGCCAGGGGAACUUUGUCAACUGCGUUGAUAAGAGCUCUCCGUACUCGCAGUCGCUUUUUGUUCCUGACGCGUGCAUCAACCAGACGCAUCCGCGAUUCGCGAACUUGACAAUGAACAUUCGACUGCGCCGCGGCCGAAAGGUUUGCAUCCUGGUGCCGCUGUACGUGGACACACGUACGAUGGAGACGACGGUGGACCCCCGGCUGAACAUUGAUCUGAGUCCGUGCAACAACGACAUAUAUUGCCCCGCGAUUACAACCGAAAGGAAUAAGUCAAGCGAGCUUUAUGCAGAGACGAGCUCGCCCAACGCCGCGCUAGCGCCCACCUGCACUGCCGAUCCGAGCGAGGAGGGCUGCCUAGCCACCGAGACAAUGAAGCACCUUUUCACACCUGCGACGCUGAAGUACUACGCCCAAUACUUCAAAGGGCAGCAGCGCGCAGAUGUGCAGCAGCGUUGCAACGCGUCCCUCUACCGCGUGCCUUCGGUCAGCCACCCGUGUAUCUACAUGGACUGCAUGGCCUUUGGGAUGGGUGCCAGCGCUCUGCAAGUGACGAUGCAGCUGGACAACAUAAACGAGGCUCGCUACGUGUACGACCAGCUCGCCAUCUUGUGCCCAGUGUUUCUGGCUCUCACUUCGGCCACGCCGUUUCAGAAGGGUCUUCUCUGCGACACAGAUGUGCGGUGGCUGACUAUCGCCGGCGCCGUCGACGACCGCCGCAUAGAUGAGGUGCCUCACAUUCUCAAGUCCCGCUACGACUCUAUCUCCAUCUUCAUCAGCGACACAGUCGAAAACCUUGAGGACUUCAACGACGCACCUGUACAGAUCAACCACUCGUACUGUGAGCUGCUGGAGAAGGCUGGUGUGGACACGCGGUUGGCGAGACACAUUGCACAUUUGUUCAUUCGUGAUCCGCUCGUGAUGUAUGAUCAGAUGAUCGACAUCGAUGACGCAACACACAUGGACCACUUCGAGAAUAUCCAGUCCACUAACUGGCAGUCGGUCCGCUUCAAGCCUCCACCGAUGGACAGCGACAUUGGCUGGCGCGUGGAGUUCCGUGUGAUGGAGGUUCAGCCAACGCCGUUCGAGAACGCUGCCUUCGCUGUCUUUAUUCCGCUUCUAACCAAGGCCAUCAUCAACUAUAAGAUCUGCUUCUACACGAAGAUUUCUGUCGUUGACGAAAACAUGGGUCGCGCACACCACAUCAACCCAUGUGGGGAGAAGUACGUUAUGCGCAAGGACAUUUUCUCCAACAAGUGCACCGCAAACGAGGCUGAGACGGCGGAGAUGACCAUUGACGAAAUCUUCAACGGCAAGGAGGGUGGCUUCUAUGGACUUAUACCGCUCGUGUGCCGCUACCUCGACAGCGAGUGGAAGCGCAGCCCUGUGGUAAAUUCCUACUUGAGGUUCCUGUCCAUGCGCGCCUCUGGCUGUAUUCCCACAGCAGCGCAGUACAUGCGCAAGUUUGUCACGACACACCCAGACUACAAGCGUGACUCUCGCCUCAGUGGCAUCAUCGCACGCGACCUAGUGCAGCGUAUACACGGCCUGGCCACGAAUCAGAUCCACGACCCGGCGUACCUUCCUAUGAGCACCUUCGAGGCUGAGAAACAGGAGAGCAGCGCAUAA